AUGCAGAAAAACGAGUACUCCUUGAGUUAUUGGGAAGAUCAAGUCCGGGUGGCAUUGGAACAGGAGGAGAGUGAGGAACAAGUGCAAGGGAAAAAGAAUCUUGCGAAGUUCUUUGAAAACGAGGAAGUUUUGGAAGGUUUUUGGGAUCGUUUGAGAAGUGGCCAGUGGCCAGCCACGUUGGGUGAAGCAAGCGAUAUGUUUGUGGCGAUUGAAACUCACGAGGAAGCUCAAAGAGGUCUUGCCGAAUCCUUAGGGAAGGACUACGACGAUCUCCGUGGAAAGCAAAAAUCCGAGGAGGGCAUGUUGACCCUUUUGUGGUGUGCGAAGAGUGAUCUUUACGAGCAUGCCAUUGAUGUACAAUCCGAGCGAGAGCCCUUGCUCAAUACUAACUCAGGCCAUACAUUGGGCACCCGAUUAAAGGAACGAAUCCUUGCGGCGAUCAAGAGGCGAAAAGGACCUGUUGAGAAGGCCAUUAAGAAAUUCAAUCAGCGGAGAACCCAGUACCUCAUGGCAUUCGAUCCAGCUCGUCUCAAGCUUGCGCAAAUGGAUCCUGACAAUCCGGAGGUCGCAUUUCAAGAUAUCCUGCCCGAUUUCCCCGCAAAAGCAAAGCUCAAAGUUCUUGAGUCCGAGCUCCGAUCACACUUGGCAGCACACGAAAGGUUAAUGAUGGGGUGGAUGGACGAUGCGGAUAUCCUAUGGAUGAAAACUAGGAUUCAGGGUACCGUUUCCACUCAUCCCUGGUUCGAAGCUAUUGGCCCUAUCAAGGCCCGCCUAAUGAAUUCCAACAGUGUCGAGAUUGACGAUGCUAUGGACCGAUUACAUUUUGAAGAGCAAGGAAGCAGAAUUGAAGGAGAUGGCGAGGGGCAAGCAGAGGAUGCACCAGAGGGUGAUGAGGAGGAUGGUGGCCAUGAAAACUUACAAGCGGAUGAUGUAUAG